CGGAAGAUGCAGCAAAUAUACUUGGAGAAUCCAAGCUGAGUGAAGGAUGGAGCCGAAUGUAUUCAGGGCAGUAGAGAACAAAUUUCUCGAAGCGGCCUUGAGCUCCGCCGUAGCGCUUGCUUUGUAAACCUCGGCAGCUUGUAACUUGACGCGAGAUAAAUUGAUUGCUCUUGGCAGCAAGAAGCUGCGAGUUCUAUGAUGAAUUGUUGGUUUUCUUGUGCAGCUAAGGACACACCGAGUUCAGACUGGAACAAGUAUGAUGACAGGUUGAUGAAAGCAGCAGAAAGGGGCGAUGUGGAAAAGGUUUCAUCAAUCCUUGCCAAAAAAGGAGUCAACCCUACUAAACUGGAUGUGGAAGGGAGAUCUGCAUUCCAUGUUGUAGCAUCAAAGGGAAAUCUGGAUUGCUUGAAUACUAUUCUUAUUCAUGGCGUUGAUAUCACAGCCACCGAUGCUGCAGGUCGAAAUGCGUUGCACCUAGCUGCAAAAUAUGGACAUGCUUUAUGUUUGCAGAAGCUAUUGCAGUAUAAUUGUCCAACUGAAAAUGUGGAUCUUCAAGGAAGAACUGCUCUCCAUGAUGCAGCUAUGUCAGACUGUUCCUCCAGUAUACAGCUGCUCUGUGAUCAUGGGGCCUCUGUGAAUGCAAAGGAUGGAGAUGGGAGGACACCAUUAGUGCUGGCCACUCAGAUGUGUCGUCCUACAAUUUGUCAGCUUCUAAUAGACAGGGGAGCAGAGGUUAAUGCCAGAGACAAACAAAACAGGACUGCCUUAAUGUUAGGCUGUGAAUAUGGCUGCAGGGAUGCAGUAGAAGUUUUGCUCAAAAAUGAUGCGGAUGUUAGUUUGGCUGAUGGCCUUGGUCAUGACUGUGCUUACUAUGCCAGAAUUGGUGACAAUAUUGACAUUUUGGCUUUAAUAAAAGCUGCCGUUGAGGAUUCCAGCAAAGCAAGAGAUGUUAUGAAGAAAGGGCAACCUGAACAAAAGAUUACUAACGUGCCACAAAAAUGGAGUCGUCUGCAUGCACAGGAGGAGGCGGAUGUCAAAGUGUAUCGGAAAGAGCAUAAUGCUCAGGAACUGGAACUAGAAAAUCAAGACUUGAAAGAUCGAAUGAGAGAAGUGCAAGAGGAGCAAAGGAUGCUGUUGGAUAGAAUAAAUGGGCUACAGCUGCAGCUGAAUGAGGAGCAAAUGUUUGCAGAUGAUCUUGAAAAUGAGAAAGAUGAGUUGAAGAAAAUCCUAACAACCAAGGAAAAACAGCAGGAAGAAAGCUUAAGAACUAUUGAAGCUCUGAAAGCUAAGCUCAAAUAUUACGAAGUUGACUUUGUGGGGCCUGGAAGUAAUUUUGGAAAGGAAGAAUUACUACUUAAGCAAAGUCAAGUAUUUGCUGUGGAAUCACAGUCCAGGUCUAUGCUGAGACCUCUGGAGCUGUCCCUGCCUAAUCAAUCAUCCAAUUCAGAGAAGGAAACUUUAAAGAGAGAACUCGAGAAUAUGAGAAUGUGCUAUGGUGCAGCAAAAGAAGAAGUAAACAAACUGCAGAGAGAACUGUCUCACAAGGUAUCUGAAUGUAAAGCUUUGGCAUCAGAGUAUGAAAGAACCAAGGAGGAAUCUGAUGGACAGAUAAAACAACUGGAAGAUGCUUUAAAAGAUGUGCAGAAGAGAAUGUUUGACUCGGAAGGCAAAGUUAAGCAAAUGCAGACCCACUUUCUUGCCCUGAGAGAUCACCUGACUAAUGAAGCUGCUUCAGGAAGCAGUAAGCUAACAGAGGAGCUGAAGGAUCAGUUGAAAGAAAUGAAAACGAAGUACGAAGGAGCGUCUGCUGAAGUGUGUAAACUAAGGAACCAGAUUAAGCAGAAUGAAUUGUUAGUGGCAGAAUUUAAGAGAGAUGAAGGAAAGCUGGUAGAAGAGAAUAAAAGGUUGCAGAAGGAACUUGUUAAGUUGGAGAUGGAGCGAGAUAAAGGGGAAAGAAACGUGGUAGAGUUAGAAGAGCAGCUCAAAGAAACAGCAGAGAAGUUAGCCCACUCAGUAACUGCAGAGAAAUUUGAGAACAUGAAGAGUUUGUUAUCAAAUGAAGUGAAUGAGAAAGCAAAGAGGUUAGUAGAGUUGGAAGGGAAACAUGAAAAACUGUGGGCAGAGGUUUGCCUUUUAAAGAGGGAAUCUGAGAGUCAGAAAGCUGUACUUGCUCAUCAUGUAAAGCCAGAAGAACACGAACAAAUGAGGAGUGGAUUUGAGCAAAAAAAUGAGGAACUUGGGAAAACAAUUUCUGAAUUAUUACAGAAGAAUCGGACUCUGCGGGAGGAAGUUGAAAAAGUUCAAAUGGAUAACAAGAUGCUUAAGCAGCAAAUCCAAAUACUAAAAACUGAAAUUAAAAGCCAGAAUGUGCCUUUAAAAAUUCAUGAAGAAUUAAAGAAAACAAGUGAACUGACCGUUGGUGAUCUGACUAAAAAGCUUUCUGAAAUAACAAAGAAGUACAAUGAAAGCAAGGCAGAAACUGAAAAGUUGCUGGCAGAGAACAACAGCUUAAGUGAGAACUUAAGCCACUUCCAAGCUGUGUACCUGUCCCCAGAGCAGCACAAAAAAGAAGUAGAAGCUUUAAAAGCGGGUGGUAUUGAGCUUCAAAAACAGCUUGCUGAGCUUCAUAAAAAAUAUGAUGAUGAGCAAGCAAAAAUGUGCAAACUAGUGUCUGAAAACACAGUAAUAAGAGAAACUCUCAGGGAUCAGUAUGUGUUGGUUACAACACAUGAAGAGGUUAAAACAGUCUUGAAUAACACCCUAGAAAAGACUAAUACAGAGCUGUCAGAUCUGAAGGGAAAAACUGAAGAGAUAAAGCAAGAAUUCAUGAAGGUAAAUGAAGAAAAUGCAACUUUGAAAAACAAGGUUAAACUCUUGCAGAAUCAACUACAAACUGAGUAUAUAAGUUUAAAAGAUCAUGAGUCUGAAGUGAAUACUUUAAAUAAAAGCAUACAAGAACUUCAAGAAAAUAACAUUGAGAUUAUGACUGGAUAUAAAAGGGGUCAACAAGAAAUUUUGCAGUUACACGCAGAAAUUGAAGCCCAAAAGCAGGAACUUGACACAAUUCAAGAAUGCAUUAAGUCAAAAUAUGCUCCAGUUCUCUCCUUUAAAGAGAGAGAACAAAGCUUUGAAGCCACAGUGAAGGAAUUAAAAGAGCAGUUACUAGAACAAACACAAAGGUGCAGAGAAAGUGAGGAAGAAAGCAGGAAAUGUAAAGAAGAAAACGAAAAGCUCAAAAACGGUGUUUUGUCCAUCCAAAAUGACUUGCAACAGAACUACAUCCUUGCUGAGAAAUCACAUGAAUUGGAAAAAAUGUUCACAAACAAAAUGGAAGAGUUGAAUAAGCAAUUGAGAGAACUACUGCAGAAGUACACAGGCAAAAAAGAGGAGAAAGACAAGCUGCAGGAGAGUACAAAGCGGGCCCUAACUGUGCAGGCUCAUGUGGAGAGUCAGUAUCUUCCAGUAGAACAAUUUGAAACCUUGAAGAAGGCUCUUGGUAACACUAUAGAAGAUCUAAAGGAAGCUCUCAGAAAUAAGAAGGAAUGUUAUGACAAAGAGACACUAAAAGUAGGAGAAUUACAACGGGAAUUGUCAGAUCUAAAAAGUUCUUCGGUACCUUUGGCAGAGUAUAUGCAAAUGAAGGAAACGCUAGAACAAGAAAUUAUAGCAGUCAAAAAUAGCUUAAAAGAGAGGGAAAAGGAAAAUGGCAUUAAAAAUGAGGAAAUCUUGAAGCUGCAGUCUGAGAUUCAGCAUACUCAGCAAGCUCUAACAGAGCUGGAGAGCAAAGAAGUAAUUGACAUAUCAGAAUACAAAUCCAUGAAAAGUAAUCUGGAGGCCCAAAUUAAUAACAUGACUGAAAACUUGUUCAGUGUGAAUAAAAAGUAUGAGGAAGCACGUGAGGAGGCUUUGCAAGCUAAAAAGAAUGAGCUUUCUUUAAAAGAUGAAAAGGAAUUGCUUCAGUUACGAAGCUGCAGCAUUGAGCAAGAAAUUAAAGACCAGAAAGAAAGGUGUGAUAAAUCAUUAACAACAAUUAUUGACCUGCAGAAAAGAAUACAGGAAUCGGCAAAGCAGGUGGAAGCCAAGGAUAACAAGAUAACAGAACUGCUUAAUGAUGUAGAGCGAUUAAAACAAGCCCUUAAUGGCUUGUCUCAGCUCACAUACACUAGUGGGAUUCCCUCAAAAAGACAGAACCAGCAGGUUGAAAUGCUCCAGAACCAAGUGCAAAUGCUGCAACAACAGCUAGCUGAUGCUAAAAGGCAGCACCAAGAAGUAAUUUCAGUUUAUCGGACACAUCUUCUUAGUGCUGUACAGGGUCACAUGGAUGAAGAUGUCCAAGCUGCUUUACUACAGAUCAUUCAAAUGAGACAGGGACUUGUUUGCUGACAUGCUUAGUGCCAUUUCUCUUGAGGGCUGCUGCAGCUUGUAGGAGUGCUGUGAUUAUGGGAGUGAUAACCUUCAUGAGAUUUAUAUUAACAUAA